AUGGAUUCUCCUGAUGGUGUACAUAGAUUAGAAGCUUUAGAGCCACAAAAAGGUGGAUUAAUAAUAAAGAAAAAGGAUGGAGACAAGAAGAAAGAUGAAACACUUUUCAAAGUUCCUACAAGCAAAUUUGGUCUGGAUUUAUUAGCGAAAAAAUUGAAAAAAGAACGAGAAAGUGGACUACUUACAUCAUUUCGUGAUCAUGACAAUGAAAUUGAUUCAAAAAAUGACCAAACUGAAGUAAAGGAUGAAGAGUCAACCUUUAAAUUAAAGUCUGAAGGUAAAAAUAAAAAUUACAGAAGUUCAAAGGUAGAAACACCUUCUCACACUGGUGGAGUCUCAGAAUCAGUCAGAGAACAUUAUAAAGAUCGAAUUUCUGAUAAAUCAAAAGGAAUUUAUGCGUCUACUAAAGAUAAAGAAAGAUUUAGAAAAUCACAUCGAAAUUCAAGUUCAAGUCGUGACAGAGACCACCAUCGGAAUAGGGAAAGAGAUCGUGACAGGAAGCGAUCAAAAUACGACCGCAGUGACAGGAGUGACAGAAGUUCGCAUAGAGGUGAUCGUUCAUCUUAUCGACGAAGAGAUGAACCUGAGACUCCCAGAGAUUCUUAUGGGAGAAGCUCAGUAAGCAAAACUUCGUGGGAUGACGAUGACGACGAAGAAUAUUUGAGAAGUAAAAAGAAAAAGUCAUCAUGGGAUUUCCCAACACCUGACAUUCCAUAUAAAGGUCGUCCUGAUGAUUCUGUCAGAUCAUAUCGCUCAGUAAAAGCUGCAAGUUCUUCGAAACGUCUUGAAGAUGACACACCACGACCAACACCAGCUCAUAAAUAUAACAAAUGGGCCGCAGAUAGGAAACAUUCAGGAGCAACACCACGUAUUGAUAAAGAAUCCGAGACAAAACAGCCAUGGAAUAGUGAAGAGGAUAAAGAUUUAUGGGAAGAGGAACAAAUAAGAUUAGAUCGAGAAUGGUACAACAUGGAUGAAGGAUAUGAUGACGAAAACAAUCCAUUUACUGGACCCAAUGCUGAAUAUUUGAGAAAACGUGAAGAACAGCUGGAAAUGAAGAAGAAAAAGAGAAUUUCAGCACAACAACGUCAAAUUAACAAAGACAAUGAGUUAUGGGAGAAAAAUCGAAUGAUAACAUCUGGCGUAGUGACAUCAAUUAAUGUCAAUGAGGAUUUUGAAGAGGAAACAGUUGAUCGAGUACAUUUAUUGGUACAUCACACGAUUCCACCAUUUCUUGAUGGACGAAUUGUGUUUACAAAAGUCAUGGAGCCUGUGAUUCCUGUCAAAGAUCCAACAUCUGAUAUGGCGAUGGUAGCACGUAAAGGCAGUGCGUUAGUUCGUGUAUUUCGAGAACAAAAAGAGCGACGAAAAGCACAAAAGAAGCAUUGGGAAUUGGGCGGAACUAAACUUGGCAACAUUAUGGGAAUUGAGAAACAAAAAGAUGAUGAAGAUGCCAAAUAUGAUGCUGAUACUGAUACAGCUGAUUACAAAAAAGAUCAAAAGUUUGCAGAACAUAUGACAAAUCAAGAUCAAACUGGAAGCAGUGAUUUCGCUCGGAGAAAGACGAUCACUCAACAAAGACAAUUUCUUCCAGUAUUUGCUGUAAGACAAGAUUUGUUGAAUGUUAUUCGAGAGAAUUCUGUUGUUAUAAUUGUUGGCGAAACUGGAAGUGGAAAAACAACUCAACUCACACAAUAUCUUCAUGAAGAUGGUUAUAGUAAAUUUGGAAUGAUUGGUUGCACACAACCACGUCGUGUUGCUGCUAUGUCGGUUGCCAAACGUGUCUCAGAUGAAAUGGGAACAAAACUUGGUCAAGAUAUUGGAUAUGCCAUUCGUUUUGAAGAUUGUACAUCAGAGAACACGAUGAUUAAAUACAUGACUGAUGGUAUUUUAUUGCGUGAAAGUUUACGUGAUGGUGACUUGGACAGUUAUUCAGCGAUUAUUAUGGACGAAGCUCACGAGAGAAGUCUUUCAACUGACGUUUUGUUUGGAUUACUCAGAGAAAUUGUUGCAAGACGUCAUGAUCUCAAACUCAUCGUUACAUCAGCUACAAUGGAUGCAACAAAAUUUGCUCAAUUCUUUGGUAAUGUUCCAACAUUCACAAUUCCUGGACGAACAUUUCCAGUUGAUGUUUUCUUUGGCAAAAAUACUGUUGAAGAUUAUGUUGAUGCAGCUGUGAAGCAAGCACUUCAGAUUCAUCUUGGAAAUCUUGAAGGUGACAUUCUCAUCUUCAUGCCUGGACAAGAAGAUAUUGAAGUGACAUGCGAAGUUCUUGCUGAUCGUUUACUCGAAAUCGACAAUGCACCAAAACUCUCAAUUCUGCCAAUUUAUUCACAACUUCCAUCAGAUCUUCAAGCGAAAAUCUUUCAGAAAUCUUCAGAUGGUUUAAGGAAAUGUGUCGUUGCAACAAACAUUGCUGAAACUUCUCUGACAGUUGAUGGCAUUAUGUAUGUCAUUGACAGUGGUUAUUGCAAAUUGAAAGUUUAUAAUCCAAGAAUUGGUAUGGAUGCACUUCAAAUUUAUCCAAUUUCACAAGCAAAUGCGAAUCAAAGAAGCGGACGAGCUGGUCGUACUGGACCUGGUCAAGCAUUUCGACUGUAUACAGAGCGACAAUAUAAAGAUGAGUUGUUGGCUUUGACUGUUCCGGAGAUACAGAGAACAAAUCUUGCUAACACUGUUUUGCUUUUGAAGUCACUUGGUGUCGUUGAUUUACUUCAAUUUCAUUUUAUGGAUCCACCACCACAAGACAACAUUCUCAAUUCACUUUAUCAAUUGUGGAUUCUUGGCGCUCUUGAUCAUACCGGAGGUUUAACAUCACUUGGCCGACAAAUGGCUGAAUUUCCACUCGAUCCACCUCAAUGUCAAAUGUUAAUUGUUGCAUGUCAAAUGGGAUGUUCCGCUGAAGUUUUGAUUAUUGUUUCGAUGCUAUCAGUGCCAUCAAUUUUUUAUCGACCAAAAGGACGUGAAGAAGAAGCUGACAAUAUUCGAGAGAAGUUUCAAGUUCCUGAAUCAGAUCAUUUAACUUAUUUGAAUGUUUAUCAACAAUGGAAGAUGAACAAAUAUUCAUCCAAUUGGGCGAAUGAACAUUUCAUUCAUAUCAAAGCGAUGAGAAAAGUUCGUGAAGUUCGACAACAAUUGAAAGAUAUUCUCGUUCAACAGAAAUUGGAAGUGAAGUCUUGUGGAACAAAUUGGGACAUAAUAAGGAAGUGCAUUUGUUCAGCUUAUUUCUAUCAAGCUGCUCGACUUAAAGGCAUUGGCGAGUAUGUUAAUUUACGGACGGGAAUGCCUUGCUUCCUUCAUCCAACCUCGGCACUUUAUGGACUUGGAACAUCGCCAGAAUAUGUCGUUUAUCACGAACUUGUGAUGACGGCUAAAGAAUAUAUGCAAUGUGCAACUGCGGUUGAUGGCUUCUGGCUUGCUGAACUCGGUCCAAUGUUCUUCUCUGUUAAAGAAACUGGUAAAAGUGGACGUGACAAACGACGUCAAGCUGUUGAACAUUUACAUGAAAUGGAAAGUCAAAUGCGAAAAGCUCAAGAAGAGAUUGAACAGUCAAAACAAUUGGAAGCUAUGAAACAUGAAGCUAUUCUAGCUAAGCAAGAAAUUGUUACACCUGGAGGGACUCCAACACCAAGACGAACACCUGCAAGAAUUGGACUUUAAAAUGGCAAAAUUUAAGUUUUUUUUUUAAUCUUGUAGUUGAAUUGGAGAUAGAAUAAAAAUGAGAAAUAAAAUAAAAUUUUAGAUUUUUAAUUAAAAG